UUAAUGUUGGGGAAAUUCAAAACUUUCUCUCUCUACAAUUUUCUCUCUCUAGUCACUGACGUUCUCUCUCUACAACUCUCUCUCUCACCGUUGCAGGCCGGGCGGAUUUGCAGAGGCGCUAGGGUAUUGUCAUUUUCCCCAUGGAACUUUUCGCUCUCAUCAACGGCGUGGAUUUGUCUCCAAGGCAUCGAGUUAUAUAUACGCUUUCUCUUUCUGUCUCUAGUCCCCCGACUUGGAAUCCAGGGUUUGAGUCGAUUUGGAUCGAACCCCUGGUCUCCCCGAUAAUUUUGAUGCAGAAUGGGUAAAGGUCUACAUUUGUGAAGGAAUUUGGAUUCUUGAAAUACUGAUUAGGGUUUUCAAGGGUUAUUGAUGCAGAGAGAGGUUUCUUAGGGGAGAAUGGGCUUGACGAUUUAAUGUGAAGAAAUUUGAGUUGAAGGGGCCUUUGGGCUCAUUUUUGAGAGUUUUGAAUUGUUUCUGGUGGUUUGGAGACUGCAAAGAGGAAUUGCAGAAGGAUCUUUUUGGAGUAGGUUGAAUCUAAAAGAGUCCAAUAUGGAUGAAAAAUCAAUUGCUCUUGAUGCUGUGAACAAGGAGGCGGUCGACUUGGAAAACAUUCCCAUUGAAGAAGUUUUUGAAAGUCUUGAAUGCACACAAGAAGGCCUGACCUCUGAAGCAGUUCAGGAACGCUUAGAACUGUUUGGAUACAACAAACUUGAAGAAAAGAAGGAGAGCAAACUCCUAAAAUUUUUAGGAUUUAUGUGGAAUCCACUCUCUUGGGUCAUGGAAUCUGCGGCCAUCAUGGCAAUUGCUCUUGCAAAUGGAGGGGGCAAGGAUCCAGAUUAUAUUGAUUUCUGUGGAAUCGUGAUAUUGCUUGUUAUCAACUCCACUAUAAGUUUUAUUGAAGAAAACAAUGCAGGGAAUGCAGCUGCUGCUCUUAUGGCACGGUUGGCACCAAAAGCGAAGGUCUUGCGAGAUGGACGAUGGAGCGAAGAAGAUGCUUCUGUGUUGGUUCCAGGGGACAUAAUUAGCAUCAAACUCGGAGAUAUCGUUCCUGCUGAUGCUCGUCUUCUUGAAGGGGAUCCUUUAAAAAUUGAUCAGUCUGCCCUUACUGGAGAAUCACUGCCAGUGACCAAGAAUCCAGGUGAUGGCGUUUACUCAGGUUCGACCUGCAAGCAAGGUGAAAUUGAAGCAGUUGUCAUUGCUACUGGGGUUCACACAUUUUUUGGCAAAGCUGCUCAUCUUGUGGACUCUACAACACAUGUUGGGCAUUUUCAAAAGGUUUUGACUGCAAUUGGGAAUUUCUGUAUUUGCUCGAUUGCGGUUGGUAUGGCUAUUGAGAUUGUUGUAAUUUAUGGGCUUCAAGGGAGAGGGUACCGUGUUGGUAUUGAUAACCUUCUGGUUCUUCUCAUUGGUGGAAUCCCAAUUGCAAUGCCCACUGUUCUUUCUGUUACAAUGGCUAUUGGAUCACAUCGCUUAUCUCAACAGGGUGCCAUAACAAAACGUAUGACUGCCAUUGAAGAAAUGGCCGGAAUGGAUGUCCUCUGCAGUGAUAAGACUGGAACUUUAACACUUAACAAGCUUACUGUGGACAAAAAUAUGAUUGAGGUGUUUGCAAAAGGUAUAGACAAGGACACAGUUGUAUUGAUGGCUGCAAGGGCCUCAAGGACAGAAAAUCAAGAUGCCAUUGAUGCUGCAAUUGUAGCAAUGCUUUCUGAUCCUAAGGAGGCACGAGCUGGUGUUCGAGAAGUUCAUUUUCUUCCGUUCAACCCUACGGACAAAAGAACUGCACUAACUUACUUAGACAAAGUGGGUAAAAUGCAUAGAGUGAGCAAAGGUGCGCCUGAACAGAUUCUCAAUCUAGCAAGGAACAAAUCAGAGAUAGAACGACGUGUUCACACCAUAAUUGACAAAUUUGCUGAGCGCGGUCUUCGAUCUCUUGGUGUUGCCUACCAGGAGGUACCUGAGGGCACCAAAGAAAGUCUCGGAGGACCUUGGGAAUUUGUUGGCCUUCUUCCUCUAUUUGAUCCUCCCCGCCAUGAUAGUGCUGAAACCAUCAGGAGAGCCCUUGAUCUGGGUGUCAGCGUUAAGAUGAUCACAGGUGACCAAUUAGCUAUAGCAAAGGAAACCGGCCGUCGGCUGGGCAUGGGUACAAAUAUGUACCCUUCUUCAUCUUUGUUAGGCGAAAGCAAGGAUGAGUCUAUUUCAGCACUCCCAAUUGAUGAACUCAUUGAGAAGGCUGAUGGUUUUGCUGGGGUGUUUCCAGAGCACAAAUACGAGAUUGUGAAGAAAUUGCAAGCUAGGAAGCACAUAUGUGGAAUGACAGGUGAUGGGGUCAAUGAUGCACCUGCACUUAAGAAGGCAGAUAUAGGAAUUGCAGUGGCAGACGCAACCGAUGCAGCUCGAAGCGCCUCUGACAUAGUCCUAACAGAGCCAGGAUUGAGCGUCAUCAUCAGUGCUGUUCUGACCAGCCGUGCCAUUUUUCAGAGGAUGAAGAAUUAUACGAUAUAUGCUGUUUCGAUCACAAUACGUAUUGUGCUAGGGUUCAUGUUGCUCACAGUUUUCUGGAAGUUCAACUUCCCUCCUUUCAUGGUUCUUGUGAUUGCCAUUCUAAAUGAUGGUACUAUAAUGACCAUCUCAAAGGACAGGGUCAAGCCUUCACCAGUUCCUGACAGUUGGAAACUGUCAGAAAUCUUUGCCACAGGAGUUGUUCUUGGCAGUUAUCUGGCUCUGAUGACUGUUAUAUUCUUUUGGGCAGCCUAUGAAACUCCAUUUUUCAAUCACAACUUUGGUGUCAAAAGCUUUAUGAAGAGGGAUCAAAUCUCACAACAAGAUAAAGAUCACAACACUGAAAGGCUGGCUUCUGCUGUGUAUCUACAAGUGAGCACCAUCAGUCAGGCCUUGAUAUUUGUCACUCGCUCAAGGGGCUGGUCUUUCCUCGAACGACCUGGUCUGCUACUUGUGAUCGCCUUUGUGAUUGCUCAAUUGAUAGCCACUGUGAUAGCCGCCCUUGCAACCUGGAAGACUGCUGGUAUCAGGAAGAUUGGUUGGGGAUGGACUGGUGUUAUUUGGCUCUACAACAUUGUGACUUACAUGUUCCUUGAUGUUAUUAAGAUUUGCGUACGCUACAGCCUCAGUGGAAAAGCCUGGGACUUAGUCCUCAACCAGAGGACGGCAUUUACCAACAAGAAGGACUUUGGGCGUGAAGCUCGUGAGGCUGCAUGGGCACAUGAGCAAAGAACCCUACAUGGCCUGCAAUCUGUUGAGACUAAAACGUUUAGUGAGAGAACCACUUUCAGGGACAUCAAUCUCAUGGCAGAGGAGGCAAAGAGGCGUGCCGAGAUCGCAAGACUGAGGGAGCUUCAUACUCUGAAAGGCAGAGUGGAAUCAUUUGCAAAACUCAAGGGACUGGACAUCGAUGCUAUAAAUCAACACUACACAGUAUAGAGUUGUUCUUUGAACUUAUUCCUGUAUCCAUUUCUUUUUUUCUUUUUUUUUUGGAACAUUAAGCCACUAUUAAAGAGGAACGAGGGGCCGGUAUUAGUUUCUUGAUCAAAGUUUAGAGAUGAAAAGCACCUCUCGAUUAUAUAAUGAUUGUUCAUAUAUGUUCAGCCUUGCAGUGAUUCCUACAUUUCUGAAUAAAUUAUAUCACCAUGUUUCUCUC